UUCUGGGGAUGCCAUUAAUUUGAGAUGUGAGAGCUAUGACCAGAAUUUGAGUGACAAUCUAGAAAAGUAAAAAAAGAAGAAUCCCAGUUCCAGUCAUUUUCUAAGAACAGAAGAAAAUGACCAAGGCCCAGGGCGCAGUGGCCUCAACGGCAGCCUUCUGGUAUAUGCAAGAAGAGGUUCCCAUUUCUCUGUUUCAUGAAUCAUUAUUAUUUGAAGAUGUAGCUGUGGAGUUCACCCGGGAGGAGUGGAGGCUACUAGACCCUGCUCAGAAGGACCUGUACCAGAAUGUGAUGCUAGAAAACUAUAGCAACCUGCUGUCCGUGGGGUAUCAAAGUCCCAAACCAAUUCAAAUCUUCAGGUUGAAGCAAAGAGACAAACCAUGGUUAGAAAAGGAAAAUAUCCACGGUCAGAACUUUCCAGUUGGAGAAAUUGGUGAUCAUAUGCAGUGGUCUUUGGAAAUCCAAAACAAGCGUAAAAAUAUGGAAAGAGGCCGUGAACACAGUUCAUCGGGAAAUGUGUUUCAUCUGCGCAGAAAUCUUGUUACUUUAAGGCAAAGCCAUGAUAAGUUUGAUGUACUGAACUCUAAUUUAGAUUUAGUUAACCAGAAUAAAAGCUGUGUAGCGAAGAAUCCUGACAAGUUUAAUAAAUAUGAGAAAUCGUUUCUUCGUACUAAGCAUGAAAAACGUUACACUGGAGUUAAAUGCAAUAAAUAUGGAAACACCAUCUGCACCAAUUCGAAACUUAGUAUACAUCAAACUGAAAAACGAAAGAAACAUGAGUGUAUUGAAUGUGGUAAAACCUUCAUCAAAAAGUCUCAACUCACUGUACAUCAGAGAACUCAUACAGGAGAGAAACCAUAUAAAUGCCUUAAAUGUGGUAAAGCCUUCUGUAGGAAAGCAGAGCUCAAUAUACAUAUGCAAGUGGAAAGAGGAAUAAAACCCCAUGCAUGUAGUGAGUGUGGGAAAACCUUCUCCAGGAAAUCUCAGCUCCUUGUACAUCAGAAAACUCAUACGGGAGAGAAACCCUAUACAUGCAGUGAAUGUGGAAGAGGCUUCAUCCAGAAGGGUAAUUUUCUUAUACAUCAGCGAAUUCAUACUGGAGAGAAGCCCUAUGGAUGCAAGGAAUGUGGUAAAGCCUUCAGUCAUAAGCCAUGUCUCGUUGCACAUCAGGUAUUUCACACUGGAAAUCCUCCCUAUGUAUGCAGUGAAUGUGGAAGAGCUUACUUUCAAAAGUCGAGUCUCAUUAGACAUCAAAGAGGUCAUACAGAAGAGAAACGCUUUAAAUGCAACGUAUGUGGGAAAGGCUACUCCACGAAGUCAAUACUCAGUAGACAUCAGAGAGUUCAUACAGGAGAGAAACCCCAUGGAUGCAGCAAUUGUGGGAAAGCCUUCUGCCACAAGUCCUCCCUCACUAAACAUAAGAAAACUCAUAUGAAAGAGAAAUAUGUGGAUUCAGUCAAGAUGGAGAAUGAUUUUCUUGGGAACCACGGCUCAUUAUGCACCACAGAACCCGUACAGGAGAAAAACUCUGUUGAAACAAUGACAGUGCAAGGGCCUUCUGUGGCCAUGCAGACAUCAUUAAAUAUCAGUGGGUUCCUAGCCCAAGGGAAUGUAGUCCUUGUGGGACAGCCUGUUGCCAGAUGUGUACCCUCAGGUAAUAACAGAGAAUUUGUACAGGAGAGAAACCUCAUGAAUGCAGUAAAUGUGGUAGUGCCUUCAGUUACCAAUUAUGUCUUAUUUUAUGUCACAGGAAAUGUGUAGGGAAGAUUUGGUACGUUCAGUGUGGAAAAGCUUGUAGAUCAAAGUUUUAGCUUUUUAUAUAGUUGAAAACUUUCACUGAGAGAAUGCUAAUGAAUGUAGUGAUAAUGGGAAGAUACACCUCAUUAAGUAUCAAUGGCUCUAAUUAGGUUGAAUUGUAACGAGCUUGACUUCAAAAUCAUCAAUAAAUUCACAUCAGAAACAAAUUUUAGGAAGGCAGUUGUAUCAAGUCCCUAAGACCACCCUCACAUUUGAUUAUUCUCUAAAAGCAGUCACUAAACUCAUAAAAGCUGCUAUACUUACUGUUACAGUUUAUGACAGUGAAGAGUUACAAAUUAAAAUUAGCAAAUGUAAAAGGUGCAUGAGGCAGACUUUAGGAGAAACCAGGUGCAUCCAGUUGUACUCCCAGUGGAGUUGUAUGGACAGUGUUUAAUUCUUCCAGCAAUGACCUGACAACACAUAUGGCAUAGUGCCAACCAGAGAAACUCACCUGAGCCUUAGUGCCAGGGGGUGGGAGGGGCAG